AUGUUUCAUCUCAACGGAUCAAUGGAAAAAUCAAAAAUAUCUACCAAAUUCCAAUUUUUUGAAUCUCGCUUUCAACGAUUUUCAGACAUUCUGAAUUUCUCGAAUUCUGGAAUUUUCGAAGAAAUCGAAAUGGAUUUUGAUACGUCUGAUAGCGAAUCUGAAAACUUCUCGAAAGAUCUAUUCGAAAGAAUUUCAAAAUCCAAAAGUUUCCCGCUCAAAGCCAAAAGUUUUCGAAUUUUUUACAAUUCUAAAUCUCCAAUUCUCAAUAUUUUGCCUUUGAUCGAUUCUGGAAAAUUGGAAGAAUUGGAAUUUCAUGGACUCAAGAAGGGUUUGGAUUUUUCGGAAAUUUCAAAAAUGGAUCAAUGGAAAUCGGCAAAAACAUUGCAAAUCUCCAAUUUCGUCAAAAAUGUUCCAGUGGAAAGUUUGAUUCAUUUCAAUUUGAUCAAAAUGGACCUGUUUGAGGUGUCUCUGGAAAUGAUUUUGAGUUUAAAAGAGGCGUUUCUCCGUUCUCCACACAUGAUGAAUUAUGAAAUUAGCUUUAGAAAAUCGGACGCCGAGGAGCAUUUAGUGGAGUUAUUUGGAGAAGAUUUUGAAUUGGAAAGCUUUUGGUAUUUUGGGAUUCCUGACGAUUUGGAGAAUGUUAUUUCGUUUGGUUUUGGCUCGAAUUUCAUUGUUUUCGAACGAAUUUUAAGGAAUAUAGUUCCGAUUGGCGCUAGAACUUUGUAG